AUGGGGGCAGAGAACAUCCAGGUCUUCGUCGACUACCAGCUGAUAAUCAACCAGGUACAAGGGGAGUACCAAGCAAAAGAUGACAGCCUGAUCCAGUAUCUGGCGGUCGCUCAGCGACUAAUCAAGAAGUUCAAGAGCUGCAAGCUCACUCAAAUCCCCCGGGAACAGAAUUCACAAGCCGAUGCCCUGGCUAAUCUAGGGUCUGCCCUUGAAAUGAAUAGCAAGAUGAGUAUCCCCUUGCUCGUGCUUCAAUGGCCAGCUACCAUGGAGGAACCCCCGUCAGAGGAGGUCUCCGCCGUCGAAGAAGGUGAAACCUGGAUGACCCCUCUAAUCCGGUACCUGGAUGACCCCUCUAAUCCGGAGAAGCUGUACCGGAGAUCUUUCUCUGGUCCGUAUCUGAGGUGUGUCACACACCGAGAGGCCGCUAGAAUCCUUGUAGAACUACAUGAAGGAGAUUGUGGAUCCCACUCUAGCGGUCGAAGCCUGGUGCUCAGAGCCAGAAGGGCCGGUUACUAUUGGCCCACGAAGGCCGCCGACAGACAAGCCAAGCACUGCGACCAGUGCCAAAGGCACGCUCCAGUCUCCAAGCUUCCCCCAGAGAACCUCAACAUAAGCUCACCAUGGCCCUUCAGAAAAUGGGGCAUGGAUAUAUGGGUCGAAGCAGAAGCGCUCAGCCACAUAACAGAUCUCCAUAUCCACAAGUUCCUGUGGACUUACGUAAUCACUCGCUUCCGGGUCCCCCAUGAGAUCGUCACCGACAAUGGACCCCAGUUCACGAGCCACAACUUCAAGGAGUUCUACAAGGACUGGGGCAUAAAACUAACUUUCGCCACACCCCGACACCCCCAGUCUAACGGACAAGCCGAGUCCACGAACAAAACAGUGGUCAACAUUCUUAAAAAGCGACUGCAGGGCUCUCACGGGAAGUGGGCGGAAGAACUACACGGAGUCCUCUGGGCCUACAAGACCACUCCUGAACCAGCAACAGGGGAAACCCCCUACUCGCUAGUCUACGGCUCUGAGGCCAUUGUACCUACAGAGAUGCACGUAAGAACAACGGUCUCCGGAUCUACCUCUCAGGAGGAGAAUAACGAGCUGACGGCGCUAAGCCUCGACCUGCUCGACGAAAAAAGAGAGGCCGCUCGACUGAGAAACUGGUCCUACCAGCAAACGUCGCCAUGA